CGCUCACGCCGCCGCGGUCUCAUAUACUCCACCAUCUUCCUCUGCGUAGGCAUCAGCGUCGGCUCCCUCUUCCGCUUUUCGAUCGCUCCUCCGCCACUCCCUACCCCAGGUUCCCCCGAAGACGCCUACGUGAUCUCUGAAAUCCACACCCAAGCCUCUCGCCUCCCUCUUGUCCAAACCCUCUCCUCCGACCGCGCCUGGACCUCCUGGGACGCCUACACCGAGCCCCUCAACAGCCGGGGCGGCGCCGCACCACGCGUCACUUUGGGCGCUAUGUCAGGGAGUCGCGGGCUGCCCUACCAACGCGUGUUCCACAACGCCUCCACGGGCGAGAUUAUAUCCGUCGUCUAUUUUGGGGGUGGACUAGCAGGCUGGCCCGGCGUGGUGCAUGGUGGUGCGUUAGCAACGGUGUUAGAUGAGAGUUUAGGGCGGUGUGCCAUCAAGCGGUUUCCUGCGCGGACGGGGGUUACGGCGCGGCUGGAGUUGACGUACAAGAGGCCGACGACGACGAAUGUGUUUUACGUUGUCAAGGUACGGCCUGAUGGCAGUCGGAAGAGUGAUCGGAAGAUGUGGGUUGAGGGACAUGUCGAGACGGCGACAGGGAAGGUGUGCAUUGAGGCUAAGGCACUGUUUGUUGUGCCCAAGGGGAUUACGCUGAUGCCAAUGAGUGAGGGGUUCUAA